CAGAAAAGUGGUGGAGGUUGUAACCAGGCAGAGAACCGUAAAGAACAGAUAGCAAAAACAUUCAAGAAAACCGAAAAGCGGGUACUAGAUGUAAUCAAUUCGUACGUUCAUAACCAGAAGGAUCCUACGUGCGCCAAACUUGCCCAUGAUGUAAGGGGGUAUAGUUCACUGCAUUUGGCAGCGGAACGUAACUUCUUACCCGUAGCCGAGAAGCUCCUAGAGAGUGGAUUCGAUCCAUUAACUCCAGCUUGUAACGAGAGUAAACAAUUAGCUCUGCAUGUGGCAAUUGAAAAAGGUUAUGACGAUAUGGGAGCUCUCCUUAUCAGACACAUUGUCCCAGCUGAUGUAAGAGAAUUGUUUCUUACCGAUGCUGAAAACACUGCGUUCAAGGAAUGCAAACAGGGCCGAAAAUCUAACACACUACCCGACGAAACAGUUGACGUGUUAUCUCUGAAUUACUUGAUUAGCAGUGACGCCACGUUUGUAAAAACAAUACAAGCCGUGUUUGACAGCUUAAAAGAUGUAGAUGACAGUGGACUUGCCACAGUUUAUAUAAAGUUGCUUGAGGAAGAUGACAAAGGGUUAGAACCACCAGACGAAGGAUUCAACGACCACUUUCAUACCGUUUUUCACAAUCUUAUUAAUGCACAAAAGGAGGUUACAAACCAUCCUGUGAUUGGAAUGUUGAUAGAUCAUAAAUGGAAUACGUGGGGCAGAAGACGAUUUGCGCUGAAUUUCUUGUUGUAUUUAUUGAGCUUGUUUUCCCUUACCUUUUCUGUUGUAACUGCUGUAAUGGCCGACAAUGUACGCAGAUAUGAUACAAGUCUUCAACGUGCAAGGGCAUUUUUCGAGAUAACUCUCUGCAUUCUUUCAUUUUACAGACUUGUUACUGAAAUAUGGCAGAUUAAACGGCACAUGCUUGACUACUGGAAGCAAUUUAACAACUGGAUUGAGUUACUAUCUUCAAGCAUCAUAUUUCUUGUUCUAAUAUUGCGAUUCACCACCGAAAACGCCCACUGGUUUGUUCUAGCUGUUACUUAUGUGUUGUGGGUCCUAAGAAUAUUCAAGUAUGCGGCAGUAUCCACCCAAACUGGUGCGUAUGCAGAGUCGUUGCGGCAGAUCUUGAUUCGGAAUUUUGUACCGUUCAGUCUGUUGUUUAUUGUUGUUAACGUUGCCUUCAGUGGUGUAUUUCUGCUAGUGCUGAAAGGAGAAGGAAGCUUGAAUACACACGAAGAAACCAGCACAAUAUUUGGGAUUUUGUUUGUUGGUUUGAGAACCAUGAUUGAAGCGCAACCGAUUGUUGAAUAUACUGGAUCCGAUGGUUACGGAACAGCUGGUAUAAUUGUUAUGCUGGUAUUCCUAUCAAUGACGAUCGUUGUUCUACUGAAUAUAUUGAUAGCUCAGUUAAGUGACACCUACAGCGAGAUACAAGGGGAUGCAGUCAAAUCUGUAAGAGCAAACAGAGUCGCGAUCUUAACACGUUUAGAGAGAAAUGAGUGGCAAAUGCUGUCCUAUAUUAUAGACACUCUGUCUCAGUGUAGAUGCACUGUGUGGCUGCUGUCGCUAUGUGGAUGCAUUAAGUGUGAUCCUGUUAACUGGAGACCUAUCUCGGUGGGAAACAGAAAGAAAUAUUACAAGUCAGUGUUUGAAAACAUUGACCUUAAACAUCAGCACCAAUCGUACACGACCCUGUUGGAAGACAUGGAUGAAAGAAUACACGAACUACGAAGGUUACAAAUAAAAACUGAUCUGAAAGCCCAGACCUUGAAAUCCAGACUUCGUCAACUAGAUAAAAAAAAUUGACAAGAAUUUCAAUGAUCUAGAUGACAAAAUACACAUGCAUUUCUGGGAGAUAAAGGAUCUGUUGGAGAUAAAGUAUACUUCUGACACUGAGAUAACAGGUUUAUCUGACUCUGAGAUUAAUUAUGUAUCAGACUCUGAGACCAAGGAUUUAUUAGAUUUUGAAAUUAAUGAUACGCCAGAUGCUAAGAUAAUUGAUAUACCAGACUCUGAGAUAAAGGAUAUACCAGACUCUGAGAUAAAGGAUGUAUCAGUCCCUGAGAUAAAUUAUAUAUCAGACUCUGAGUCAAAUGAUUUAUCAGAUUCUGUGUUACAGGAUACUGGGAUAAAGGAUUCGUUAGACUGUAGGAUGAAGGACAUACAAAGCGCAGAGAUUAAGGAUGCGAAUUCUGACUCCGAGAUAAAUGAUUUAUCAGAGUGCUGAUUUCAAGCCUUUCAAACUAGUAAACUUAUUGCAUUCUAUAUUUCCUUACGCUGCUUUUAAUUAUGGUAACGAAAAUAGACAUAAGCAUUACUUACCUCAAAUAUGCCUUAUUGGUUCUACAAAUAACAAAAUAACGUACUAUUUACAUGUACCCGAGCUGCGUUUAAAUGAAUAUCCAAUAGAUUGCAUUGCACUCCUUUAUAUGCUUAGCGUCUUUCCCACACUAAUUAGAAUGGUAGUGCAAACUGUUUACAGAAAAGAAAACUGGCAGAUGGAAAUCCAAAAGGGACAAAGUUAGAAAGAAUUAUUGACCGUAUGUUUAAUUUUCUUCCCAAGUCAUAGAGCUCUAGUACAUGACGAACAUGUCUAUCUCUCCCUGGAGUUCUAUUUGCUUCUAGAGCGAUAGGGUAAAAAUCAAGUAAAACUUCAAACAAAAUAAAUCUACUAUUGAUACAGUUUGUUUUAGCCAUUUGUAUAAUAUGUAGAGAGAUGUGUAUUUGGCACUUAUUCGAACCUUGAAAUAUGUAUGCAGUUUGAAAAUUCAAGAAUAAUUUUGUAAAAGGGACGUAAUAAGGUUUUAACAUCAAUGUAAAAAAAUGGAUGCUGCAAAAUGUGAUUAUUUUUGUUCUGUUUGAUAUAUCUUAUUUUCACACAAAGGGAACUAUUUUUGUCUAUAACAAUUUUCUUUAUUUUAAAUAUCUUUAAAUUUCCAAAAUUGUGCACAUAAAACCGAGGUACUAUAGUAUUUAUCUGGUAUCUAAACAUUAUUCCUGUAAUAUGAUGAUACAUUUCAGUGCAAAAUAAUUAAAUAAACACAGAUUUUUACUGUAUUUUUUUAUUUUUCAUUAUUUUAAACUGUAUUUUUUCUAUUUUUUCAAGUGUGUCUUCUUCCUUGAACGCUGGUAUCUCGAUUUUUACAGCGCAAUAUAUCAUUUUAAUUGUGGAUAUCUAGCACCUAUAUACAAUUCUAGUAUUCAGGAAAAUUGUUAUAGAAUCUGUCAGAAAGAAAGAAAUUACCAGAUGAGUCUUAAAUUACCUAGUAUGAGCCUACGAUUACCUUGAUACUUUAUGUCGUCCCAAUCUGUUAAUGUUAUCAUAUCAGGUUUCUGAAUAUUGACGAUUUUCCUUUCCCAGACUACGCAACACUUUUGCCAACAGGCCGUAUCCAAGGAAUAGUUUACUACGCACUUAAUGAAACAGUUUACAAAAAAAUGUUCUUGCUUUGAAGGUGCUUAGUAAUACUAAAAUGACAUUUCAACUGUUUACCCUUUAGCCUGCUGUCGGCAAGUGAUUAUGCCUUUGAGAUCACCAGCCUGCAUGGACAUGGUCUGCAGUGUUCGCUAUUCAGUCACUAAAUUAUCAGUGAAAACGCCUUUGAAUGAUAAGUAGUAUUGCCCAAAUUAAAUGAUGGUCUAACCAUGUUAGAAAUCUAGCAGGGAAAAGGUAAAAGAUAUACGAUAUAUAUCUUGAACAUGUAUUCUAUUACCUAUAUUAGUUUAUGCACAUAUAUUUUCACUUACAACUUUUCCUUUUUUAUUGAGUGGCAAUGUCGUAAUUGGUAAUUUUAUGUUAUUGUAUACUAGUAUAGGGUUGAAUAUGUAAAUGAAGUAUGAAGUAAAUGCUUUAUAAACUAAACGUUUUAUUGCGUUUAUUUCAAACGGGUAUCAUUGUCUUAUUUGUGUUCUUUAUCUUUGUUUUCUUAAAUGCUAUGACGGUCAUCAUAUAUUUUAAUGAGGAAACAUUUCACAGAACUGAAACUCGAGAAGAUCAAACACCUGACAGUGCAAAUUAAGGUGCCUGCAUGGUGAUUUAAUUCAACAUGUGUAAUAAAUGUCUAUAGUUUAGGUCAGUGACUUUCAGUAAAAUUUAUAUGGUAUUUGUGUACACAUGCUGACUUGGUGGCCAAUCACAAACUGUAAUCCAAGCCGGUGCU